UCGCUAAAGUGCGUCGGAGGUCCAACGUUGGCGCCAGAUGAGCUGUGGCGCCAGCUGUACACACAGGCAGUGAGAGGAAACGAAGACACACAGAGCAGAGCAGUGUGACGGGGCUCACUGAAAAACUUGCAAAGCUCCCACCAGAACCAGCGUGUAAAAUCCUCAAACGAUUCUCCUGCUUCGCUCUCUGCAACAACCACAAAGUAAAAGGACAGAAAGGUCAGCUCACUGACAAGAACACCGGCGCAGGCAGAAAAACCCCCAACAUAUAACCCCGAUUCCCUCUUUGGUCAUCAUCCGGCAGAAAAACGGAGGCCGUGGGGCUGGAGUGUGUUCUUAUGGCCGAGUCAGAGACUGAAUGUGACACGCCAGGGCUUGACACACUUGGGUCGGAGUGUGUCAUAGCCCAUAGCCAUGUCGACCUUCACUAUGGAGCCGAAACGGAGAUCAUGACGGAGGAAAAGCGUGGAUUGGAGUUGGAGAUCCACGGCUCAGACUUAAAGAUCCAAGGACUCGGGGGAGAACUUGGGACUGUCACAUGUGUGGAUGCGAUCGUUGCUGAGACAGACCAUGACUAUAUCAAGGUGGAGCAUGCUGACAUGCACUGUUUCACAGCAGCAGAAAUCAAGACAGAAACGGGCGAGACUUUACUGGGAGAGGUGCUGCUCAAGACAGAAGGUGAGCAUGUGGUGAAAAUGGAGUCUGAUCAUGGCGGCGAGUUGACAGUGGAAUCUGAGAAUGGCGUAAUCAUACAUGAAGCUCAUGGCCUACAGUGCAACGAAUGCGGGGAGAUCUUUGGCAGCAUAGCUGAUCUUCACCAACACUUUGAGAUCCACAAGGACCUCAACCCGUAUAUCUGUAUCCACUGCGGGGAGAGUUUUGCUGUAGAAGCCAGUCUCAAGCAGCACAUGAAAAUUCACAUGAAAGAAAAGCCGUACGUUCCCCCGGGAGUCGACCUGAUCGGUAAAGAUGUUAUUGAUGCCUACAGCCUUAAGUCUCAUCAGAUGAUUCAUUUGCCAGACAAACCCCACAGAUGCACAGAAUGUGGCAAGAGCUUUGCAGCUGCCAUAACGCUGAGGGAACACAUGAAGAUGCAUUCUGAAGACAAACCGUACAAGUGCACACAGUGCAGGAAGAGCUUCGUCCGUAGGAGGCAUUUAAAGAAGCACCAGGAGGUCCAUGCGCGCGAAAAGCCAUAUACCUGUGGCCAGUGUGGCAAAGGCUUCGCUACGACUUCCAACCUGAAGCAGCAUCAAAAGACCCACACAGCAGUCGUGCUUGGAGACAAACCCCAUCGGUGCGCACAGUGUGGAAAGUGUUUUGCGGCCGCUGCAACUCUGAGAGAGCACCAGAGGAUUCACUCAAGUGAAAAGCCGUACAAAUGCAACAUGUGCAGGAAGAGUUUUGUCCGCAAGCGUCACCUGAAGAAGCAUCAGCAAGUCCACGCUGGGGGGAAGCCCUACACCUGCAGACAUUGCAACAAGGGCUUCAACCAUUCCUCAUCCCUGUCUCGCCAUAAUAAGACCCACCUGCAGAACCCGGUGUUUUCUCCACCUCAGCCAGGGAAACCCAUCACUUUCGUCUCGCCUCCAAAGCAAAGAGUACUCCAGGAAGGAGAGAAACCGUACAUGUGCCACCACUGUGACAAGGGCUUCAAUCAUUCCUCCUCUCUGUCACGGCACCAAAGAGUCCACUCGGAUGGAAAAACGUACACCUGCGGUCACUGUGGCAAAAAGUUCAAUCACUCCUCCUCUCUUGCGAGGCAUCAGAGAGUUCAUUUGGAGAAGCAGCAGGCGCACGCGUCGCCGCUGCAGACACAGCAGCAGUUACAGCCACAACCACAAUCACCACAGCCACCAACACCACAACCGCAGCAGUACACCGCCAUCCCUGUUGGUAAGGCUUUCUCCAACAAUGCCUUCCCAAAACAGCUCAUCCUGUCUGUCGAGAAACCAUACAGGUGCUCUCACUGCGGAAAAGGCUUUAACCAUUCUUCCUCUCUCUCCAGACAUCAUAGGAUCCACGUAGAUCACAGACCAGGGCCUCACCCUUAGAGGUAGCCCUUAGCCCACAUUACCACUUUUCAUAUGUUUCUGUUCCCCAAAUCCUUAUAUCUAUAUCACAGCACCACAGAAAAUGGUAGGCCAACUUCUGCAGUCAAAGAGGUCAUGUCAGCAUCUAGUUCUGGUUAAGUGGAGCAGCUCAGAAUAAAUGGACAAUAAUUCAGAUUUAUUCAAAAGGCGGGGACUCGGCUUGAGAGACUGUGCAACAUGCAACUCUGAACUGAACCCAAUUCUUUGUGUGCAGCUCCAAGAUGGUAUAGAAUAUAGUGAAGGAAUUUCUCGUGAUUCUGUCUCACUCGCUCCAGGACAUCCAGAACUCUUUUAAAAGAAAAACAAAUGUGGUUUGAAAAUCUACAAGAUAAAAUAGUAACUUUGGGUAAAUACACCUCAUCUUUUUCAUAGAGUUCCACUCAUGUAUCUUCAGGUGCACACAUUUGCUUUUCAGCUGCGACUUUAUUAAAAAUGUCAAAUACAACUGAACAGGAACUGUUGCCUCAUUUGAAUAUUUUUUCCCUCCCAGAUGUAACUCGUAUGAAGCAAAUAUCAAAAAUCCAAUGUAGAUAAUUCUUGAUUUUCUUUUAUAUGUAUGUAUAGUUAACUAGUGUGCUGUUCCAGACGAUACAAUUUUUGAUAGCAAGAUUCACUCUCCAUGUUUUGUUUUUUUCUUACUUUAAUUUGUUUCAAGUGUUGGAUAUAAAAACAAAAAGAAAAAUGUUGCAAAUUUUUCCAUAAAGUUGGGCUCCGUUAACAUGAGCCAUCUUGUAUAUUUAUGAGAUUGGAUUUUUGUAUGUCUCUGGUUUAGCACGGCUUCACAAACUGUACAGAGAGCAAUACUCGUCGAGACCCCAGUCUAUUCUGACAAGCAAUCUAGCUGUGAGGAAAUGCAUAUUAGAAAAUAAAAAUCUUCUGGGUAGCAUAUUGCAAAAUGACCCGUGUCCUAAUUAUUUACUGUGUGGUUUCAACUUCAUCUAAGAUCCAAAUGUACAUUAUUGCUUUGGAAACUAAUUACCUGUGUAUAGUUAUAGGUAACACAUAUUCUUGUUGACCUGCAAACUUUUCGUUGUUUGAUCUAAAACAAAAAAAGUUGUGUAUACUAAAACAUGAGAAUCUCAUUUUACAAGAUUUUUCUGAAGUCCAAUGGAUUGCGCUCUAUUUACUGUUCUGUGUAAAAUAUCUUUUACAAACUGACGUAUUUUUUUAAAUAUGGCUUGGGUUAUACGAAAAAGAAUGAGACGGAAUUUUAUGAGAGUUGAACAUUUGGUGAGCAAUAUCUUUAUUUGGAUAACAGUUGUGCGUCACACUGUAGCAUAGUUCUUUUCCUUGUGUUAGUUAGGUGCCUUAUUGCAUGCAAUGUAGAAAUGUAUGCCCAGCUGUUAUUUGAGAAGUUAGGGUUUUCAGGAUUUUUUUUUUUUUUUUUAGUUCUUACUCAUUAACUUACCCUACAUUUUAAUUUGUCACCUUUUUUUUUGCUUUCAUGUAUAUUGCAAUGUGUUUACACUGUUACAACUAUAUUGUUUUAUUCCCCUUUUUGAUUUAUUUUUUUUUGUCAAUGGCCUCAUUGAGAAAGUGGUGUAAAAGAUCCAUAUAGACUAUUCUUAAGGGUAAACCCUGUAACACAUCUUCCCCAUCUGAGUGGCACAUAUAUGGAUAAAUAAAGGUUGUUGACUCUC